AUGAGGUCGGUGAUGGUCCGCAUGUUCGUUCAGCUCUGCUGCUUCUGUGCGCUUCUGCCGACGAUCCUCGCUGCCUCGAUGCACGAGAGCCCGCGUGACAUGCACGCUCGGGGGCUCGCCCACCUUCGGCGCAAUGAGCGGGCUGCGGCUCGCGAUGUGCUGGAGCGGCUGCGUGAGACGCACCCAGACUCUCCGCACUGUGCCCUCCUCGCAGGGCACUGCUGCCUGAUGCUCGACCGCAGCGAACAGGAAGCGAUCGUGCAGUACCAGCGCGGCGAGUGCGUGGCUGUCGAGCCGGCGGACGUUGCGGAUGCCAAGCACGCGAUUGGCAGGCUGCACCGGAUGGGUGGCCGAUGGGAGGCUGCGGCGCGGAGUUAUCACGAGGCGCAUUCGCUGCAGCCCGAGUCGGCCGAGUUCGAGCAGGACCUGCUCUUUGCGCAGGCCAAGGUCCACCUCUUGGCUGGCCAGCCGCGAGAGGCGGCCGCGGCCCUGGAGCGCGGCUUUGCGCUGGCCGAGGCCGCGUGGCGGCCGCACUUUGCCCGCGAGCUGGCGCAUGCCACGGGUCUGGCGGGCGACUUUGAGGGCACGGCGCGCCAUUACGCAAUCGCGCUCUCGCUCGGCGGCGUGCGCGAUCAUGCUACCGUCGGCGAGGCGCUCAGCGCACUCGCAGCGCACCACGAGCAAGCCGACGUCCGCCUCGCCGCCGGCUUCUUGCGCGGCGCAGCGAGCGCCUUCGCCGCCGCCGCCGGUGACGGGUCCCCGGACGGUGCGCCGGACGCCUCCUCCGCAGCGGCGGCGGCGCACAGGCGCGCCGCCGAGACGGAGGAGGCGUUGCACGCCCUCGGCGAAGCGGCGGCAGAGGGAAGCGGCGGCGCGCUUGCCUCGGGGUGGGAGGGGCGCCUCGCCGCGGCGCAGUCGCACUAUGAGCGCGCGCUCGCGCUGCAGCCGGGGCUGGUGGAGGCGUACGACGGCCUCGGCCGCCUGCUCCUCGGCACGUCGCGCCUCUCCAACUUUGGCGCCGUGCAUGCGGCCGCGCUGCACGUGCGCGAGGCGGAGGCGCUGCUUCGGACGGCGGCUGCGCUCGACGGGGCGCUGAGUGAGCGGCCGAGGAGCGAGGCAAGCGGCGGCGGCGCGCAGGCCGACGAGGAGGGCGCCAAGCGCCUGGCGGAGCGCCGCCGGUGGCGCGCCGCGCAGCUCGCCUUCAUCGACCGGACGCGGCGCGAGGUGGAGGGGUGGAGCGAGGUUGUGCGUUCGCUCGGGCCGCCGCCGCCGCCAUCAUCUGCUUCUCGCAGCGCUCCGGCCGCGGCGGCGACGGCGGGGUGGGAGCCGCCCUCAUGGUUGGCGGGCGCGCCGGAGAUCGCUCGGAAGAGAGCGCCCUCGUCCGAGGCGGAGAUGCGAGCCGUGGUGGAGGCGGGCGAGCCUGUUGUGCUCGUCGGCCUGCAGCAGGCCACGGGCUUUGCGCCGGCGAGCCGGUGGGGGGCGAGUGCGCUGCGCGCGGCGUGCGGCGACUCCACUGUCAAGGUCGGCGUCUCGCCCACGGGCAGGUACGACGGGCCCGAGGCGGGGCACCGCUGGGGGCUGCCAGCCGGCAGGGAGGUGCUCGUGCGGCCGCCCGAGACUUUCAUGCGGCUGGGCGACUACCUGCGCCUGCUCGAGGAGCCGACGCCGGAGUCCUUCUACGUCGAGUACAACGCGCUGCACCAGUACCUCGGCGCGCCUGUGCGCGCGAUGGCGCCGGUGCCGCCGCAGGCGCUGUACCUCAGGCCGCUGCUCGCCAACCUCUGGCUGGGCAAAGGCGCGACGACGUCGCCCCUCCACUACGACGAGUACGAGAACCUUCUCGCUCAGGUGUCUGGCACCAAGGAGCUCGUCCUCUUCCCGCCCUCCGACUUGCCCCACCUCUACUACACGCCGCGCGCCAAGGGCACGCUCCGCUAUGCCUGGCCAAACACCUUUGAGCGGCUGCCCGUCAGCGAGGCGGACGCCGGCGCGCGCGUAGUCUUUGCCUCGUCCGUCAACGUGUCGCAGCCCGACUUGCGCGCCCAUCCGGCGCUGCAGCGCGCGUCGCCGCGCCGCUGCACGCUCCGGCCCGGAGAGACGCUCUACCUGCCCGCCUUUUGGCACCACGAGGUCCACUCGCGCUGCGCUGCGCAAGGCGAACUCAACGUCGCUGUUAACUUUUGGUUCAGGAACGCUACCCGUCCGCCCGAGGGGUCCUAUGACUUGAUAUAA